UUCACAUUUGCACUCCACAAUUGAAAAGGUGAGUGUUGUACAGAAAGAUCUUUAAAGAGCUAGCAUCUGAAAAGAAGAAGUAACUUUAAAGUGACGUGAUGGCUAGUGCACGCAAGAGAGGUCGCAAAGGCAGGAAACCACCAGAAACAAUUAUGCAGGCAGCUGGACAAUAUAACGAUGAUGUAUAUUUUAUGGCUGUUGCCCUCCUCUUUGCCAAUAAGAGCCCUGAUCCUAGCACAAAGGUGGGUGCAUGCAUUGUUAAUCAGGAUGGGCACAUUGUGGGUAUCGGCUAUAACAAAAUGCCUGAUCGCUGUAAUACCAGCUUUCCCUGGAACCGUAAAAGUCCUGACAGACUGGAAACCAAAUAUCCAUAUGAGUGCCAUGCAGAGCUGAAUGCCAUCAUGAAUAAAACCUCAGUAGAUGUGAAGGGAUGCACCAUUUAUUCCACCAUGUUUCCCUGUAACGAGUGCGCCAAAGUCAUCAUUCAAUCAGGUAUAACAGGUCUGGUUUAUUUGUCAAAUAAAUACCCAGAUAAAAUUGAAACAAAAGCAGCAGUCCGCCUGCUUGAAGCAGCAGGUAUUCAACCCAGAGAGUGCUGUGUAGCCAGAAGUUAAGGAGAAUAAACCAUGGAGGUGGUGAACAGUCCUGAGAAAUGACAUUUCAGUCAAAGGCUGAACUCUCUGACUUACUGCAUUCUAUUAAUCCAUCUUCUGAGUGAACAACCCCAGGAGAGCUCUUCAUCACUAAAAUACCAAAUAUAACUUAAACUUUUAACAUUUCUAAAAUAAAAAAAUGAGUUGUGUGGUGAUGGGUAAAACUUUAAAUUCUGCAAUGUAAAAUGUAACUUUUAACUUCAACCUUUUUUUCUUAAUCAAACUCUAUUGAUCAAGGUUCAAUUAUUAUUACUUACUGGGUGUUAAUUUGACCUAACUAAAUAGCUGCAUUAAAUAAACAUUUAA